AUGCGAGGUGCAGGUUGUGCCAUUAAUGACCUGUGGGAUCGCAAUCUUGACCCACAUGUAGAACGUACCAAAUUCCGUCCCAUCGCGCGAGGGGCACUCUCCCCAUCCAAGGCUGUGCUUUUUACGGGCUCUCAAUUAUUGGCUGGGCUAGGAGUCCUUCUUCAAUUCCCGACCCAGUGCCUCUGGUAUGCGAUACCCAGCUUACCAAUCGUGGUGGCAUAUCCCUUGGCCAAGCGAAUAACCAACUACCCUCAGUUGGUGUUGGGGUUCGCCUUUUCUUGGGGGGCAAUUAUGGGGUUUCCAGCUCUGGGUGUGGAUCUAUUGAGCAACCAUGAUGCGCUCCUAGCUGCAGGGGCCCUCUAUUCUAGUUGUAUUGCGUGGACAGUUCUGUAUGAUAUGAUAUAUGCGCAUAUGGACAUCAAGGACGAUGUGGCGGCGGGCAUCAAGUCAAUCGCCUUGCGUCAUGAACAUAACACCAAGGCCGUCUUAACGGGUCUGGCGGCGGCCCAGGUGGCCCUUCUAGGUGCUGCAGGGGUUGCCGCAGGCUGUGGUCCUGUCUUUUUUGUAGGCAGCUGCGGCAGUGCCCUUCUUUCCCUGGGCCUCAUGAUUUGGAAUGUCCAGCUUAAGAAUGUCUCUAACUGCUGGUGGUGGUUCAAGAACGGGUGUUUGCUGACCGGUGGAGGAAUCACAAUGGGCCUCCUGGGUGAGUAUACCGCUCAAUACCUGGGUUUGUACGCUAGUACUGGACAGUCCGAGUCCGAGUCGACACAAUGA